CUUUGAAGAAAAUGUAUUUAUUUUGAUCCUACUGGUUUGAAGCUGAUUACUGUGAAUUUACUACACCUCCACUACAGUUCGCGUGGAGGUCUAGAACAGUGUGCGACUAUAUUUCCUCUCAGUCUGUAAAGUCAGCGACACCAUGCAGUUUUAUAUGGAGAAAAACAGAUCAAGUCCAACAGUGUGAAAUGUUUCAGUCAAAUCCAAAUGCGCUUCUACUUCUUGUUGUCAAUGUCGCACUGCCCCAAGCAGCUCCAGCCCUGGCCAGCUGUUAGUAGAACUUAAAGUUUCCCAAGACCCCCGGUGCCCUGGCUCGGUGCCUCUCUCGGUGUCGGACUCCUCCAGCCUUGACUGCCUGCCUGCCUGUUCUUCUUGGCUAUAGAACAGCCAAGGGAGGAUGAGGACGACCGGGUAGCUGAGAUAAGGACCACAUGAAGUUCCCCACAUUACCUCACUCGAUAAGGAAAUAAACAGAGAACACAGAGAGGCAGAGAGAGAGAGGGUCAGACUGGGGAGAAGCUCUCUGGAUCGACAGUAAUGUGCAGGGAAGCAGCCAGGAACUGUGGGCUUUUUACCAGUUGUUUUGGGCUCUGGGUGUGACUGGAGUGCCACCAAGACCUGAACAACUUUGAGCGCUUGAAUAGAUCAGCCCAUACGAGAAAAAGAGAGUGAAGGGUUACUUUUAUAUCCGUUAGAUUCGCCUAUUCACCGAAGUACUUAGUUAAGUUCAAAAAGCAACCAGCCGAUGAAAAUAGACUGAACAAAAGGUGUUGUUCAGGUGUUGAAGGGCGUCUGCUGUGCCAGAGGCCGCAUCCAUGGCUGUCAAUCCUCUAGACGGUCUCACGUCGGUGGCAGUGGGCCAUCAGUUGAUCUCCAGCUCCACAGCGGAACUCAAGAGCCAGCUGCCGCGUGCAGCUGGCGAGUCAGAAUCUGUUCAUGGACGCAUGCAGAUCACGCGCAGAAGCCAAGAGUCGAGGAAGUGGCAUGUGUGUGGGUCCGGGCCGAACUCAGCUUGUGCUUGUGAGUCCAGAACAUUAAAGACUCAACACUCACCAGAAAAUGCAGCGCGCGAGAGAAGCCGAGUACGCAACCUGCGACAAGCCUUCCACAGUCUGCAGUCUGCUCUGCCCUCAGUUCCACCUGACACUAAGUUAUCUAAGCUGGAUGUUCUGGUUCUGGCUACCAACUACAUAGCGUAUCUAACAGAGAUCUUGGACCAGGGAGGUACAGCAGCUGAACACACCAUAAGCUCCAUGCCAGAUGGAUACCUGCACCCUGUCAAGAAGUGGCCCAUGCGUUCCCUGCUCUACUGUGGCAGUAUAGGAGAGCUGCUAUCAGGAGUCUCAGCCAAUCAGAUGCCUGCAGUGGGAUGGGAUGGAGCCUCAUACCCCCUGACCUCCACUUUAGAAGCAAAUCAAAGCAAAGAGUGAUUGGACAUGUGGCAUAACUUUCAUCCACUUUCAUUUCUUUGAUCUUAAUUAUCCACAAAGCUUCUGUUAAAAUGUUAAAUGUUGGCAAAGAACUAAAUAAGUGUUUUUUUUUCUUUGUACCAGAUUAAUGCGAAAGACACAUGAUAGCAGCACAGAGACA